AUGGCCCAAGGUGCAAUCAAGAAGACCAAGGCCGCUCCUCCGAAGAAAUCCUCGGUCGCGCGCAAACAAACCGGCGCCCGCGUCAUCAAGCCCAAGAAAGCGUCCAUCAUCACACAAAACAAGAUCAAGCACAAGAGCAGUUCAGGGCUCGUGGGCAAUACAGAGAAGAUGCUUGCGCAGAAGGCGGGGCAUCUCGAGAUCCUCAAGGGGGGAAAGAGGGAUAAGAGGGAGCCCGGUGACAAGAAGAAGAGUGGUUGA